AUGGACGCCGCCGACGGCGUCAACGGCGCCGCCACGGGCGCGGCCCGCGGCCAGGAGGGCCCCAGCGGUGCCGAGGGGCCGGCAGGCCACAGCGGACCCUGUGCGCUGGCGCCCGCAGGCAGGCUGGCUGCGGGAGGGGCCCCGCCGCGAGUCGCUGGCGCUACGGCAGGCGAAUGCUCGGCGCACGCCGCGGGCGUUGCCGUGGGCUCGGAGGACCCGCCCGCGCCUGGCCCAGAGCGGCCAAAGGAGACCUCCGCAAGGGGCGACCCGGAGUUCAGCAUCAGCUCCUUGGAGGUAGGCGACAUCGAGGAGUUCAUCGCGCUGCAGGACCUGUUCGCGGGGGAACACCUCGCGCUCUCCCAGGAGAUCUACAGCGAGGUGACCUUCCGGGACUGGCAGCUCAGCCUCCUCUGCCCGGAGAGCAUCCUCAGCAGGGAGGGCGGCCGCGUCCGCCAUGUCAGGAGCAUGGUGAACCACGACGAGGAGUGCUUUCGAACCCUCUCCAUCCUCAAGGCCUCUGCAAAGGAGGCCAGUGGCGCGACCAGGCUGGUGGGGUACAUCAUGUUCCAGGUGCACGACGAGUCUGGCCGCACGCCGCGGCGAGGGGGCAGGCACAAGCGGAGGGACGCCGGUCCGUUCAGGCCUUGGGUGCAGGUGAAGCAGAUCUUCGUGCUGAAGCACUUGAGGAGGUACGGCUGCGGGUCGCAGCUCCUGGCGGCCAUGCUGGAGGCGCUCGGUCGCAUCCGCCUCAGCGUGCUGGACCUGAACGCGCCCGCCGCGCUCUGGUACCGCUCCAAGGGCUUCCUCGUGGUCGGGGUGUGCCGCGAGCUGCUCGGGCAGAAGGAGGAGGCCAACGUGAUCGUGUACCAGGACAUGCAGCGCCUCGACGGCAGCAGGAAGCUGGAGCCGCUGGCCGUGCCCCUGCUCUUUCGAGACGAGGUGGUGCACGAGGUGGUCCACAUAGACUAUCCCGACGACGGGGGCAGCUUCGAUCUGAGGGUCGUGGGCUUCAACGAGCGGGACAAGUGGCACUACGUGGACUCGCGCGGCCUGUCCAUGUGGCAGGGGGACUGCUUCGUCGACGAGGUGGACCUGAACGAGUACUACCGGGACGGCCGGGUGCAGUUCAAGCGGCCCUUGUCCCUGGUCUGGCGCGAAGGGGAGCUGCGGCGCCGGCGGGAGCGCCGGGCCCGGGCGGACGAGAGGCAGGCCGAGAUGGAGGAGCGGGAGAGGAAGCGGGGCGCCCUCGACGGGCGAGUCGUGGUGAGCAGGCGGUUGCGGCAGAAGCACGCGGGACCCGAGGCGGCGCACGCCGGCGCCAGCCGCGGUGGUGCUGGUUAG